AUGGUUACCCUGUUUGUGACUGUCUUGGAUUUAGUCGACACGCAUGUGGCCUUCACAACGGCCAGUACCCAUGGCAUCUUUGCGGCGCUGGCUGUACCCCUGGAGCUGCCUCAUCGCAACGUUUUUGUGUCCUACAACUUUGAGGCCAACUACAAUUUACCCGCUAACUGGGGGAAAUUUACGAUAUUUCAAAACGGUCCCAUUGAGUCAGAAGAGCUGGAGCCAGAGGUGGAAGGAGAGGAAGAAGUGGAGGUGGAGUCUUCUCGUAAAAUAAAAAGUGACUGCCAGAACUGCACCAAUGAGGAGGAUCAGGAGGAAGUGGAGGACGAUCCCACUGAGGCUCCCAUCAAUCAGCGUAAAAGUCGUGCUCUGAUUACACGUUCCAACAUCUAUCGCAUAUUUAUAGAUAAACUCCAAAGAAGCGGCUUUCAAGGCGAAGCCUGUCUGCUACGCUUGAUCUGUGAGACGAGUGCUGCGGAGCUGAACGAACUCAAUGGCGUUUUGGGCAGCCUACUACAUGUUCUAUUUAGUCCCAGCACUUCAGAGUCAGAGCAGCUGCCACUGCGCUACUACCAGGCGGAGCACGAUGGCUGGCAUGAGAACUGCCACUACUACCAUCUGGACUGCGGGGAGAGUGUUCUGGAACUGAUAUCGGAGCCCUUUGAAGAGAUUCUGAAACGCAUUGAUGGCCAUCACAUGUAGAACAAAAAAAUAUACAAGCAGAUCCAAA